CCCUGUUGCGUCCAGUCAGGGGUUGGACGUCCAAUAGGAGUUCAUGAUAAUGCAUGGUGGCUUGGCGAGAAUAGUCUUUGCAUGCGCGCGCCCGCAUCAGCAACGAUUUGUGCGUUAGGCAUUCUUCAAAAUAGCUGCAUUGCCCUACAACCUGAACUCAUGUUCACUAUCGAAUUCUUCUUGACCAUGCCAGAGCCAGUGUCAAUAGCAGCCGCAGUCGUUAGCAUCGUGGCCAGCAGCAUUAAGGGCCUCGAGAUUGCGGUCAGCUAUGCCUCGAAAUUUAACCUUGCAGAUGUGAAGAUCCUUGUUUUACGAGGCAGCUGCAAAGCUUUGCAAGAAGCACUAAUCCGCAUAUCGAACUUGUUGUCCACGGAGUCUUUGCACUUCGUCUUGCAGGGCACCUCUGAUGAAAGCCAGGCGUCAUUCCAACGCUUUGAGGAUAUCUUCGGCAGCUGCUCCAUUACCUUCAACAUUUUACACGAGAAGCUGCUACCGCUUCUUUCACCCACCUUCAACGCGGAAGGCACCGUUGCUAAGCGUUCAAAAGUGGCGGCUGUCUGGAAUGACUCCACUUUGAUGGUGAUGAACGACCUGGUUAGAACCGAAAUGGAAGCUGUGCAGCUCCUCUUUGCUGCUCUGACGGCAAACUCAAUCUUCGAGACGCAUCGGAUACUCACCAGUCAAAACGCCGCAACAGUCUUCCAGAGGGUUGAUAACGAUACCCGGUCGUUGUUCACAAGCCAUCAGGAGCAGUCAAUAACCCAGCAAACUCGAGAUGGCGCGGAGUCAGUUCUUGGCGAUGAAGAGUAUCCGGAGAUCGACGACAUACUGGUCAACAGCAAAGUCUAUCGCAGGGUUCUCGAAGUAAACCUGAGGCGAGCCGGACAAAGCAUAUCAGGACCUUCACAGGCGCAACGCUCCCAUGAGGCAGAUGCGUCCUACACAAACCAAAAUCGACAACGAAAUACACCACGAUUGACCUCUAGCGGGAACCCAAUGUUACACAGUCUUCUCAGAUCACGACGCCCUCAACAGCCAGGUGUUGCGCGGCGGCCAAGAUCCGUAGUGGACGUUCCCAACCGAGAAGGAGCACAGCCCAUAAGGUCAACCUCUCCCUCGUCAGUAGUCACUCUACAAAUUGCCGCAACGCCGCGCUCAGCAGACGAUCGCUGGGAUGAGUUCGAGAGUCUACUGAAAGCUUCAGAAAAAACCAUCACCAAGCCCCGAAUAAGUGCAGACCACAUGAGUGAGUUACUUGAUGAGCAGACGCUAGAGAUCGAAAAGCUGUUAAUCGAAAACAAGCGAAAGAAGAAGAUGUGAAAAGCCGAAUGAAACGCCCAAGAGUCGCCUCUCCUGCGCUUUCCGCUUGAACCUCGCCACCAUAUCUGGACCCAUGUCCUUUCCACCAAAGAUGAUAUCACGCCAGACGCAGACGGCAAGGACUUUUAAGUGUGGUCUUGAAGAUACAUAUUUAU